AGAAAAGAAAAAAAAAGUGAUAAUAAUAAUAAAAUAAAAAUUUGGAAAAUAUAUCAAUGCAUAUCAGUUAGUUAUCGGAUUUUAAAGUUAGAAACAACAGUUAUAUUAGUAUUAGUACUUUCAUUACUACUACUACUACUACUACUACUACUACCACUACUACUACCACUACUAUCAUUACUACUACCACUACUACCUGUAACUACUUAUUACUUACUAAUAGUAAGUAAAAAUAACAGUAACAAUUACUACAAUAGUAAAACUGACAGCAAAAUUACUGCACGCCAUAUCAUCAUCAUUUUGUCAUACUACUCUUGCGCUUUUAUAUAG